AUGGCUAAGAGUGAGGGGUCGAGUUCAGGUGCAAGGUCAUCCUAUAAGAAGAAGUUCGGCGGUCCUUUAUGCUACUGCAAGAAACCAACGAGUACCGCGAAGGCUUGGACAGAUGACAAUCCGGGUCGAAGGUUUUGGUUGUGUGAUUCUCAUGGGUUCGUCGAUUGGGUUGAUAAGGAGGAGCAAAAUGAAUGGCAGAAACAGAGUUUACUGGAGGCCAGAAGCGUGAUGGAUCGUCAGAGAGAAGAAAUAAAAAAUCUUAAACAGUUGCUUAGGACAACUUCUCAAGAAGCCCCAGCUGGAGAUUCAACUGAAUUACUGUUGGAGGAAGGAAACAGACUUGCAGAGGAGAAGGAGAAACUUGAAAUUGCACUGAUAACAUCAGUUGAAAAAGAGAAAUUGCUAAGGCAAUUCGUUGGUCUUUCGUGGGGAGGCUUCAUUGUUGUCAUAAUCAUCAUGGGCGUUAUCGUGGUGAAGAAGUAG